AAGAUACAACCGAACCGAUCGCUGGCCGAAAACUCAAAUUUAUUCAUCCCCACCGCGCGGGAUCGUAGUACGGUGCGCGACUUGCCAUACCCGUGGUUGGUUCGUUCGUGGCCGCUGCGUCGCGAUCAUAUGACGUUGAAUCUUCGACCGCGACGGAGCGCCCUGCUGCUGCGUAGUGUGCAGCCAAGUGUGAGCGUGUGGACCAUUUCUUCGCACGUGUUCUAGUCGUUGACCAAUUGGAAGUAGCGAGCGUGUGUGUGUGGAAGUGUACGAUCGGGUGUGCGUGUGUGAAUUAAAUUCGAUCCAUAUUUCGGCAGGGAGCGAAAGCUAGAAGUGGACGACACCUGCAAGCGGGAGCUCCGUCGAUUGCGGUCAAGCUAACGGGAACGUGAAAUUUUUUGAAACCCAAACCAGUGUUCCCGUUCCAGUGUUGGAAUUUGUAGGAAGUGACCGAGUUUUGUGUAUUUGUUUCUAUGGUCAAGCCGAACGCGGCGCAGAACCGGCUCCGGAUCGUUCAGGUGAAACGUGCAACCAUACUGUCUGCUUUAAAGUGAUCCAAAUCAAAUAAAUCGCAGCCCAACAUGAUCGGUACGGCGUUGAUGAUCGGUUUGCCCAUUGGGCUACUGUUGGCCAUCUUUUUCUUCAUGAAAUCGUCGAAGGAGAUGCCGAAGAACUGGACACAGUUCGUGUGCGAGGUGCGGAUGCAGAUCUGCGGUUUCCAGGCCCUGCUGGACGAUUUCAUCAUGCGACCGCGGAAUAAAGUCGAACUGUAUAAGCAGCCGGGCAAGAUUGCGCUCAUCACCGGUGGAAAUCGAGGCAUCGGACUACGCAUCGUCAGGAAGCUGGUGGAGUGCGACAUCGAAGUAAUUCUUGGUGUUCGCAAUCCGAUCGAUUCUCGGAAGGCGGUAGAAGCCUACCUGGAACACGCCAAGAUCCCGCCCGGCAGCUGCAAGCUGCACUACGAACAGCUCGACAUCGGCAAUAUGAAGUCGGUGCGAGAGUUUGCCGCCAAGAUUAGGACCAAGUUCGACAAAAUUCAUCUCCUCAUCAACAAUGCCGGUGUUAUGAGCGUCCCGUUCAAGCUGACUGGCGAAGGUUUCGAAUCGCACAUGGCCAUCAACUAUUACGGCCAUUUUCUGCUAACACAUUUGCUACUGCCACUGCUCAGGGCAGCCGGUACGGUUGAGUGUAAAGCGCGCGUCGUUAACGUAUCGUCCUGUGUGCACAAAAUUGGAGAAAUCGAUUACAACGACAUUAACAAAGUCAAAAACUACUACCCGGCGGAUGCGUACAACCAGAGCAAACUGGCCCAGGUUCUGUUCGCGAAGUACCUCAACUUAAUUUUCGCAGAGGAAGGAAUGCCGAUCCUGUCCAACUCGCUGCAUCCCGGUGUCGUCAAUACGGAUCUGUUUGAGCAUUCCAGUACCAACUACAUCCCGUGGGUGCGGGCAUUGCUGUUCAAGAACCCGGAGGAAGGCUCGCGUACCGUCGUGUAUGCGGCCAUCGCACCGAAGCUGGAGACGCGUGGUGGAUGCUACCUGAGCAACUGCCGGGAAGCGAGCAGCCACCGGUACUGGAACAACUCCGUCCAGUGCGAAAAGCUGUUCAACUUCACCUGCGAUACGCUGCGUAUCGAUGAUUACUUCUACAAGCGUAACUAACGCGCUCCCCCUCAACAAAAAAAAACCCGGUGCGCUCGUUGUUGCAACAUUCCCUCCACAUUGUUCGUUGCAUGGCACCCUACUGCAGCAUCACAAAACUGUUAACGGGAUGAUUGUUUAUUUUUCUUUCUUCGAAUAAUGAAGGUGUACUGCAGGUACUUGUA